AUGUUCACUGGAGCCGAAGACUGUACUGACGUCCAGUGUCACGCCCCGCUGCCGGAAGCACGCGUCGCCGACGGCGUCCUCGAAGGCCGCCUUACGGUGCUCGCCGCUGCUACGCCAGUCACAUAUGAACUGGUAGUAAAGGCGAACAGGUCGUCUGGCGUCCGUGGCGGGCGAGUGAGGAGGCAAUUCAGGAAGCUGCACAGUCUGGUGAGGGGUGAGGAAGCGCCGCCGCAGAAGGCGCCGAGGACGUCCAUGAUGGCUCUGCCUGGGCACGCACGGGAGGCCAGCCUGGUGAUGUUGGAGAGGCCCAUCGGCGUCUUGCACGGCAGGCCGGGUGACGUGGUGUCACAGGCGGGGCAUGAGACACAGGUGUCAUUGGGGGACAGGUCAUGCGGCAAGAAGCCUUGCAGUCCGUCCUCGAGGAACGACUGGAGCGGCGACUUGACGCCGCACCUGGGAUGCUGGUCACAUCUUUACAUAUUUGGUCAUGUGUUUGGUUGCACUGUUGGUCACACAUUUGGUUGGCACACAGCAUGGUGUUGCACUUCCAUGACGAUCCUCCGACGUCCCGGCCGUACCAGCAGUCGAGCCAUCCGCCGUGCCGGGCGUUGUAGGUGCACUGGCGGUAGAGGAAAUAGAGCUGCUGGUGGAGGCGUUUGA